CGCGUCAUCUUCUUCGACUGCGACGAUUGCCUGUACAAGAACGAUUGGCGCACGGCCAACGUGCUGACGGCGAAGAUUGAGUCGUACACGACGCAGAGGUUGGGUCUGCGAGACGGCGACGCGUACGCGCUGUACAAAAAAUACGGCACGUGCCUAAAGGGAUUGAUGGAGGAGAAGUACCUGGACACGCAGGAACACUUGGAUGAAUUUUUACACUACGCGCACGAUAUACCGUUGGAUAUUGAGCGAGACGAGAAGCUUCGAGCGAUGCUGCUGAAGAUUAAGACGCCAAAGUGGGUAUUUACGGCGUCCGUCGCGGCGCACGCGCGGCGGUGUUUAGAGAAGUUAGGAAUCGAUGAUUUAUUCGAAGGAAUCAUAGACGUUCGCGCGGUGGGGUGGGAAACGAAACAUUCGCCUCGAGCGUACGAAGCGGCGAUGCGAAUCGCGGGCGUGGACGACCCGUCCGAUUGUCUGUUUUUGGACGAUAGCGUGAGCAAUAUGCGCACCGCGCGCGAGGUCGGAUGGACGAACGUGCUGGUCGGUACGCACGCUCGAGAUGGAGGAGAGCUCAUCACGUGCGAUCAUGCCGAUCACAUCAUCGCCACCGUGCACGAGUUCGAGGCGCUCAUGCCAGAA